AUGGAGCCGAAGCAAGUCAGGAUCACCCCCUACCUGCUCUCCUCUCUCAACCAUUCCCCAUCUCCAUCCCAUAGCUCCUUUUCCCUCUCCCUCUCCCUCUCCCUCUCCCUCUCCCUCCCCUCUCCCCUCUCCCCUCUCCCACCCCCAUCUACCUCUCCCCUCUCCCACUCCCCUCUCCCUCUGCCCACUCCCACUCCCCUCUCCCUCUCCCUCUCCCUCUCCCCUCUCCCUCUCCCCUCUCCCUCUCCCCUCUCCCCCUCCCCUCUCCCUCUGCCCAAUCCCACUCCCCUCUCCCUCUCCCCUCUCCCACUCCCCUCUCCCUCUGCCCACUCCCACUCCCCUCUCCCACUCCCCUCUCCCUCUCCCCUCUACCCACUCCCACUCCCCUCUCCCACUCUCUCUCCCCUCUCCCACUCCCCUCUCCCACUCCCCUCUCCCACUCCCCUCUCCCACUCCCCUCUCCCUCGUCCUCACUCCCAUGAAUCCCAGGACGUACCUUCAUGCCUGCCUGCCUGCCUGCCUGCCUGCCUCAGCUGGGGAGAUCACCCGAGCGGACCAGCGUUGCUCAUGGAUGGGCGUUAG